UGACGGGCGACUACGCCUCGACGAUGAUCUAUGAAUUCGACGCAUCGACACUGGAGACUGUCGGAACUCCCUUCGAAGGGCACACCAAACUUGUCACUGGUCUAGCACUUUCAUUCGAUUGCACUCUCCUUGCAAGUGCUGCUAGAGACGGCACUAUCAAACUGUGGGCUUACGAGUCACGCCAACUCCUAGCUUCCUUCGAUGUUCAGAAUCCUCUUACCCUUAUCCUCUCACCCGACUCACGCCAAUUAACUUACACCACAUACAUCUACGAUGACCACAAUAUCUACAUAUGCAACACUCCACCUGAUGUCAUUUCUCAGGCUGCCGGAGUAAAUCAGUCAACCCUCAACAAUCUGCUAAAUUCUGACGCAACUCGCCAUCCUCCUGCCAGGCAUCGCAGACAACCAAUAUCCACCAUACCUAUGUUCCAAAGACCUCUGCCUACAAUAGAUCCGCGGCAACCCAUUUCCCUUCGCCUCAGCAAAUUUUUCCACUUCUCUCCUCGCACAAAUAUACCACCUGUUCGGCACGUUCAACCUCGUAAUCCCCUGGAUGUUCCGGCUACAUCGCCUCUGCCCCACUCUCUCUCGGGGCAGGUUGCAACUCAGUUUGAUCAGUUCGAAAUAAGUUCUCCGCCUCCCCCCUCCACCGGAGUCACGCAAUUCAUACGGCAGAACCUUCCUUUCCUCGUGCCAAGACAUAGUCACGGGCCACCAGUUGUUGAAGUUGCAGCUGGACGGAAGUUCACUGUAACGUACAUUUUCUCACCUUUCAGCACCUCUUGCUGACUUGUUCACUCUAGCGGCUAGCUGCUGCUAACUUGCCGGAAUACAGGAAAGCAGACGACACC